GAGAGAGAGCCUUGGAGUAUUAUCAUCAACAACAUAAUGGACCCCGCCUCGAAUCCUUUCCCACCGCCGCCGCCACCACCACCUCCUCCUCAUCCGCCGCCUCUACCUCCUACUUCAAGGACGAACAAUUCGCUGUCGCACGAAAUUCACCAUCACAACCAUCACUCCCAGCAAGCGCAUCACUUCCGUGUCCCGAGUGUGUCGUCACAUCCGAACUUGAGUUUGCCUACUCUUGAUACCAACGAUCCCGCCGUCUUCCGACGACAUCUCCAACGCUUACAUGGUGUACCCACUGUCCCUAUAAUACAAGACGACUUCGUUCCUCAUGCCCAAGAUGGUUUCGAUCGUGACCCGAACCCUGCCCACAUGCUUCAGCAGACUCAUAACCAACCCACCGCUACCCUUCAUCACACUCCUCGUCAACAACGUACCUCUCUUCCACCCUCGUCCUCGCAUCCAGCCCCGCCCUCGCAGGGCCAAUUCGGCGUUCUAACACAGAAUCCCAUGCCUCAACCGAGUAUAAUACCUCAGCUUCAGCAUGAAGAUGAUGUCUUCACCCAAUCGGCCCAGAUGGGUUCCUCGGCCCCUGAUACUUCUGAUCACAGACCGCACGGCCAAUUAGUUAAUCGAAUAGUCGUUGACCCACCUGAUCUCCAAGCUUGGCGCGAGAAGUUGUUCAAUGUUGACGAUACUAUUACCCUGACCAAUGACGAGUUCGAAACUUACUUCCCUCAUAUCGACAAUGUUUAUUCGCAUCGCUCUACGCAGAAGUACAAGCGCAAACCUUUCGUCUCGCAUUAUUGGGACUGCCGAAUGAAAGGGCGACCGCCCGGAACCCCCAAAUCAGAUGAUCCCUCUAAGAAAAAGCGUAAACGAAGCGCGCGCGAAAGAGAUCUUUGUGACGUCAAGAUUAAGAUCACUGAAUAUUUCCCAGGGGCGACAAUACUUCAAGGCGAUGGAGACACGAACGUCAACUUAGCCCAAUCAAGCGCCUACCAAUCCCCGCCACGCCAACUAUUCAACGAAGGGCUACCACAGUCAGUAGACCCUCACCUGAGUGGUGAGAGAUUUUGGACCAUACAGCGAGUCAAUGGAAACGGUGGGAAUGGGAAGGGCGACGGCGUUGCUGGCCCCCACAAGCAUAGCUUGGAGAAGAGCGAUGAAAUUAAGAAAUCUACCGUUCAGAGAUAUAUCGCCGCGCAGGAGAAAGAGUCAAAGAAGAUUCAGAAACCGUUACCCAGGAGGAUUUCGGGGGCCGCGCUUGCAACAGCGAAAAAACACUCCAAGGAGCAUGAUCUAAAGCUCUACGCUGCUUGCUUUUGUCCCUUCUCCCAGCGAGUAUGGAUCGCGCUGGAAGCAAAGGGUAUGCAAUAUCAGUAUUGCGAGACGGACCCGUUCAAACGGCCAACUCACUUGCUCGAGGCAAACCCACGAGGUUUAGUUCCAGCUAUCCGCGAGGGAGAUUGGGCGAGCGGUGAGAGUACUAUCAUCUUGGAAUAUCUUGAGGACCAUGACCGAACUGUGCCUCUCUUUCCUACAGAUCCGAGGCUCAAAGCGAAUUGCAGAUUAUGGAUUGACCAUAUCAAUGCGAAAAUCGUCCCGGUUUUCUUUGCUCUGGCGAAGACGACUGAUUUCGCCAAGCAGUCAGAAUAUACAGAUAGACUACGAGGUGAUAUAACGGCUCUCGUCCAAGCCGCAGACGAACGGGGCCCAUAUUUCCUAGGGGGAGAUUUAUGUCUCGUGGACAUCCAUUUUGCGCCGUUUGUCCUUCGCAUGUCCCGGAUACUUCGCGAGCUUCGUAACUGGGGAGACCCCAUGCCGGGCACCCGCUGGCAGCAAUGGACGGAUGCUCUUGAACACAACCCGCAUGUCCAAGCUACAACUAGCCAGAAGGAGUUGUAUAUUGAGACCCUAGACCUCUUUUUGAACAGUCGUCAGCCUCAUGGCGAACACUUUGGAUCUUGAUAUCACUCUUUACCGACGCACAUUGUUAUAGCUUAUUUCUUAUGAAUAUAUAUAUAUAUAUAUAUAUUUACAUAUAUAUAUUGAGAGACCUACGAAUACGUAUAGACUGGGAUGAUGGAGA